GGUGAUGUGCAACUCAUCCCUCCCUUUCAGAUUUGCACUUUUCCUCUCAUUUUCUCUUACAGCAUCGUCUUCUUCGCCUCUAUUCUUUUCCAAGCGUUCUUCUUCAUCUCCACUGUCCACCCCCAGAGCCACUCCCUCGGACUUGCUCUCUAUGUUGGGUUCCAAGUCCCAAUCCUUAAGCGUCAAUCCUGUCGUGGCGCAAGAGCUCAGGUCCUGCUUCAAGUUCCUUGUUCCUUUUUCUCCUAAUGGCGUCAAAUUGGAGCAUAGCCAGCGUUCUCCUCGACGGUUAUUGGCUUUGACAAAAUCCACUGUCCGGAGUCGGAGAGAAGAAAACGAGCUAAUUUGGUGGCCUCCAGAGCCGGUCUUAGAGCUCGCACGUCUCGCCGUGGAUUCUGGUGGUGACCCGGCGGCUAUUCAACGCCUUCUCGAUCCAACCAUAAUUCCUGUUCCUGACAUUGAAGGAUCAAAAGAAAGUCGAUGUGAGCUCACUAGAACACCAUAUGGCAGACGCUUUAUUAGUGAGGAAUUGAACUGGUACCUAAAGUUUCUGUUUGAUGUCAUUGUUGAUCGGGGUCCAUCUAUCGGAUUGAAUGUGACGCUGAACCGUUUCGAUCUAUUCCAUGGUCACCUAUUUCUAGCUGUGAAUUCUGGAAGGCUCGGUAUCUUAUUCCACGCUAAGGAAUACCCAGAAUAUGAUGAAGUUUUCCCAUACAAUAUGGGAUUUUGUCAGCAAGGGUCCAAAGUGAAAUAUGAUGAUUCAAUGAACCUGCGAAAUAUUCUUUGGCUGGCUCCAUUGCCUGACAAUUCCAGCAAACCUUGGGUGGCACCAGGUGUUCUUGUGGUGCUGGAUGCGAGGCCUGGUGGAAUCAUAUACAGAGAUCUAAUACCUGAUUAUGUAAAUUUUGCACGGACCAUAUAUGAAGAUGAUCUUGGGGAUGUUGCUGUCGAUGUGAACUGCUUGAACGGGGGAUCUGAACUUCCGAAUUAUCAAAUUUUCAUGUGCUGAUACUCUUUCGAGGGGGAAGAGUAUUGUUUGGUUUUUUUUUUUUUUGGGGGGGGGUCCU